AUGAAAAUUAAUGAUGAUCUAUAAAAGGAACUAAGUUUGCAAAAUUUGCAAUCUUUAUUACAAAAAUAAAAGGAUUCUAUUUCAACUAAAAAUUAAAAAGCUUCCUUUCUUAAAUGCAUAGUCCUUAUACUAGGUACAUUUUUAAUGUUUGGAAAUAAUUACUCCUUUGAUAAUCCUUAGGCUUUAUAGACUUAAUUGAUUCAACAAUUAGACAUUACCAUCUCUUAAUUUAAUUUACUAUAUUCAGCUUUUGCAUUUCCAAAUAUCUUCUUAACCUUAAUUGGGGGAGUGAUCACUAACAUUUUAGGUAAGAUUUACAUAAUAUUUUAAGGAGUUAGAGUGGCAAUAAUAGGAUUUAGUUUAGCUAUUGUGAUUGCGUAACUCAUUAUAUCAUUUGGUGGUUUAUAUUAAAAUUUUUGGUUAAUGUUACUUGGUAGGAUUAUUUUUGGAACUGCUUCAGAAAAUCUAUUAAUUGCUUAAACAACCAUUAUAGGAAAAUGGUUUAGAGGAAAAGAACUAUCUACUGCAAUUGGAUAUGUAAUGGCAAUACCUGAAUUUGCAUGUGGAAUGAAUUCUUUUAUUACUCCUAUUAUAUAUAAUGCAUUUGGUCUUUUGGCCUAUCCACUAUUCUUCAGUGCUUUUCUAUGUUUUCUAUCCUUCAUAUGUGGAGUUAUCUUAUGUAUUCUAGAUAAGAAGAAUGAUUAAUAAUAAAUGGGUAAUAAUUGAAAAAACAAUAUAUAUAGAAUUAAAUUAAGAAAUUCAUACAAUUGAUAAGGUAUCCUUUAGUGAUAUUAAAAAUUUUACUUUCACUUUUUGGACACUUAUUAUUGUAUGUGCUUUAUAAAUCGGAUCUUACACACCCUUUUUGGAUAAUGCAAAUGAUUUUUUGUAGUAAAAAUUUGAUUUUACUUAUCUAUAAUCUGGAAGAUUGCUGACUCUAACUUAUCUGGCAGCUGGUAUAAAUAUUAUUUAAAUAAUUAGCAAUCUUAAGUCCCCUAANUUACAACACUUUAUCUAAAUAAGAGUCAAAGAAAAUAUAUGAUUAUAAUCUUGAUUAAAAGAAAAUUAUAAGAUCAUUUAAUAAAAGAUAACAAGUAUAAGAAAAAGAAUAAUUAAACUAAUUAACAAAAGAAUUUAAUUUAUCUGAUAAUUACUUUUAAAAUAACUAUACCUAUUUAACAAAAGAUGAGUAAGAUACUAUAAAUAAAUUCAUAAAUAGAAUGGAUAAGUAAAGUAAACGGAUUAAAAAAAAAUAAUGA